AGAUUGUGCACAAAUGAAGGAUAUGAAGAUCUUCAGCUCUUAAAGAGACAGAGAGAGUUUCCAUCAGACAGAGUGCCAGGGUGUGAACUGAUUCUGUGAACGUUAUGAUAGUAAUAGUGAGGCAUUCAGUCGGAUGGUUUGUGUGUGUGUGAAGUUGAUGAUUCAGCAGGAGAAGCCGUUGUCGGGCAUCAUGCCGGUGGUGUGGCCCACGCUGCUCGACCUAAGCCGAGAUGAAUGCAAGCGAAUCCUGCGCAAACUGGAACUCGAGGCGUAUGCAGGUGUGGUCAGCGCACUCCGUGCUCAAGGAGAUCUCACUAAAGACAAGAAAGAGCUGCUCGGAGAACUCGGCAGAGUCCUGAGUAUCUCCACCGAGCGACAUCGAGCGGAGGUGCGCAGAGCUGUGAAUGAUGAGCGCUUGAACACAAUCGCUUAUCACAUAUCGGGUCCGAACAGUUCGUCAGAGUGGUCUAUCGAGGGCCGUCGUCUUGUUCCUCUGAUGCCCAGACUGGUUCCUCAGACAGCGUUCACUGUGACGGCUAAUGCAAUGGCUAAUGCUACAGCGCACCAGAACGCAUCGUUGCUCCUGCCCGCUGAAACUGGGAAUAAAGAAGUGGUGGUGUGUUAUUCAUACACCAGCACCACUUCCACUCCUCCCAGCGCAUCGGCCCCCUGCAGUAGCUCCAGUGCAGCUGCAGCCGUUAAAUCACCUCGACCUGCAAGCCCCGCCUCCAACGUUGUGGUGCUGCCCAGCGGAAGUACAGUCUACGUCAAGAGUGUGAGCUGCUCAGAUGAGGACGAGAAACCUCGUAAGAGACGGAGAACCAACUCCUCAAGCUCCUCCCCCGUGCUGCUGAAGGAGGUGCCUAAAGUGGUCGCGCCCAUUUCUAAAACCAUCACGGUUCCUGUGAGUGGCAGCCCGAAGAUGAGCAACCUGAUGCAGAGCAUCGCCAACUCUCUCCCGCCGCACAUGUCACCUGUGAAGAUCACCUUCACCAAACCCUCCACACAGACCACCAACACCACCACACAGAAGGUUAUUAUCGUGACGACGUCUCCCAGCUCAAACUUUGUGCCAAACAUCCUGUCGAAGUCUCAUAACUACGCUGCCAUGUCUAAGCUGGUGUCGAGUGGUGCGCUCAUGGUGGCCAAUCAGAAACAGACCAUGGUGAUAUCAGCGGGCUCCAGUGCCGCCCCGGGACCCAGUCCUGUUGCCGUGACGACAGUGGUGUCCUCCAGUCCUUCAGUGGUGAUGUCCACGAUCGCACAGGGUGGGUCGUCCACUGCAGUGAAAGUGGCCUCCACGCGUUUGCCGUCUCCUAAAGCUCUGGUUGGCUCUCCGCCGCAGAUCCUGCAGAUUUCCAAAGCGCACACACAGACGGCUGCAGUUCAAUCGGUGUCUCCUAAAGGGUUGCAGGCGUCACCCGUCUCUUCCUCCGCUCAGAGCAUCGGCACGUCCCCCGGUGCCAAACCCACCAUACAGAUCAAACAAGAGUCAGGUGUGAAGAUCAUCACACAGCAGAUGCAGCCCAGUAAGAUUUUACCCAAACCUUCCAGUGCUGCUCUGCCCAGCAGUAGCUCCGCCCCAAUCAUGGUCGUCAGCAGCAACGGAGCCAUAAUGACCACCAAACUGGUGUCUGCUGCCACAGGUACUCAUGCGACAUACACGCGUCCGUCAGUCAGUCCUGCUCUCGGCGCUCGUGUGGCCACUUCUCCCGCCGGAGCCACUUACGUCAAAACCACCAGCGGCAGCAUCAUUACAGUCGUGCCCAAGUCACUGGCCACACUGGGAGGAAAAAUCAUCACCAGCAACAUGGUGUCCGGAACUACCACUAAAAUCACCACCAUCCCCAUGACAUCUAAACCCAACGUGAUCGUGGUGCAGAAGACCACUGGGAAGGGAACGACCAUCCAGGGGCUGCCGGGGAAGAAUGUGGUGACGACACUGUUAAAUGCAGGGGGAGAAAAGACUCUUCAGGCGGUGCCUGGAGCGAAGCCCGCCAUCAUAACAGCAUCUCGUCCCAUCACUAAAAUGAUCGUGACACAGCCCAAGAGUCUGCCCGUUGGCGUUCAGCCCUCCACCACCACCAAAAUCAUCCCCACAAAGAUUGUCUAUGGACAGCAGGGCAAAACACAGGUUCUGAUCAAGCCAAAACCAAUCACGUUCCAGACUGCGGUUGUGAGUGAGCAGACGCGACAGCUCGUCACAGAGACACUGCAGCAGGUGUCACGCAGCGCAGACGCAGGCGCAGGCGCAGGCUCCAGCCAGGAGGGGGCGCUGAAAGAUGAUUCGUCCUCAUAUACAGAGAGCGGGCCAGCGUCAGCUGACAACACACACGAAUCUCAGCCUGUAGUUCACGUGAUCACCUCUAGAGGGCAGGAGUGGACAGGAGAGGAAGUGUCCGUGGAAGCUUCUCCCACCAUCAUUUAUCAGGACAUGACAGGAGAAUCACAAUCAGCCACAUCCACCAUCAAAGCCCUGCUGGAGCUGCAGCAGACCAGCGUGAAGGAUAAAGGCGACUCUAAGCCGCGGCAGCACACAAUUGAUCUGAGUCAGAUGGCAGUGCCCAUCCUGCUGCCCACUGAGAGGAGACAGUCACCAGAACCAUCCAAUCAGAGUGCAGCAGAGUCUGAACCAGUCACUGAAUCCAUGACUACAGGGAAAGUGAGUAAAGCUGUGAUUGGUGGAGAGGUCUCUGGAUCCAUCAGUCAGAAUCUGACCGUUUCCUGUUCAUCAUCAACAGUGAAGAGUAGCGUUCCCUCACCAUCUGCACACGCCUCACGACAGGUGGAGGUGUGUUCGGCGCAGAAGGAUGUGGCAGAGCAGGUGGUGAUGGAAGAGGGCGGGUCAGAGGGUGACACAUUGGACCCACAAACAGGUUUAUUCUACCGCUCGUCUCAGCAGCCUGUGAGUCAAGCUCCUCCCCCUCUACAGCAGCACCGCCCAGCUCCGCCCACUCUCAGCAAACCUGCGGCCGUCCCAGCUGAAACACCCACCUCCUCUAAGAGGGCUGAGCCGGCCACACCCAGACCGUCUGUUCAGAGAGAGAGACCCGCCCCCUCCGCCUCUCUCUCACCCUCUGCUGGUACACCGCCCGCGCAGCAGCCCGCCACCUCAAAUCCACCGCACACACCACAGCUGCCCAAACUGCAGCAGGCGCCCACAUCACACAACAGACCCAACACACACAUGCAGCUGUCGCAGCCGCCGCCACUGCAGGCGCAUCACCCUGUGGGCUCCAGCAAAACACCCAGCAGCAGUCAGGUGCAGCAGCCCAUAAUAACACAGGGCGCUACGGUAACUAAGAUCACGUUUGGCGGUCAUCCGUGUCCGCCGGUGUCCAGCAGCGGUGAUGUGUCUGUUAAACUGCAGGCGGAGUCCAGCUCAAGUCUGACAGCGUCUGAGAAACCGUCUGUGUCAGACAUCCUGAAGAUCUCCAUGAUGGAGGCGGAGAUCGACCCGAGUGCUGGGCAUAUGCUCGUAGACUCGUCCAGUGACUGCGGCCCACUCACCAAAACUCCGCCCACCUCAUCUCUCAUCAGCAGCUCUAAACAGACGCACACACACGGACCAUUCAGCCACGUCAAGAGUAAAGACGUGGACAUCAUACAGGUGAUUCCUCAGUACUCCAUCAUGCCCGACUCCAGUCAGUCGAAUGUGGUGGUGGAACCCAGCGGCUUUCUGGAGAUCACAGAUUUCACCAGCCAGCGUCUGGACGAGGAGGCCGCCAUGGAACAGGAAGUGGACAGCAGCAAUGAUGAGGGGGCGGCGGCCAGCCCCAUGGAGACCUGCGCUGACCAAUCACAGUGAAGUGUCUGACCACAGCAGCGUUUGGUUGUGAAGUGUGUACUCCUUUAGACUUGUGAGGAGUUUGAGAGAUGAGUUUGAGACCGACUGGAGAUUCCCGCGGAGAAAUACGACAGAAUUACAGGAACAUGUAUAAAGACACUUUUGUGUAUCUUACAGUAAAAUAUUUUCUAUUUGUUUAAAUCAAAGACUUUAGAGAAACAUUUCAGAGGUCAAAUGCAUGACAGUGACUGUACAGCGAUUUACUCUCUAAAUUUUUGUGUUUUCAAUGAAAUGUUGCGUUAUCCUGCAGUGGAACCUGCAAAAACAGAUUUCAAAAGGAAAAAGUAGAGAUGUUUUUAGUAGCGCUCAUGGAAGCACACAGACCGGACGGCUGAUUCUGGUCAGAACAUGAUGAUAAUGUAGAUCUGUGUGCGUGGAUUUAACAAGCCAAAUUGACUUUUAAUCAUGUGUAGGAAAUUAUUUGGAUAUAUCAACAAUUGAAAUACACUAGUUAAAAAAUAAAAACUUUUACUAGUGAAAAAUGCCAAUUUUUAUUAGUGAAAGUGCUCAUUUUUUAUAUUAGUCAUUAGGAUUGCACUAGUUGAAACAUUAAUUCUUGAUAUAAAAAAUGGAAUUUCAACUAGUAAAAAACAUUUUGCUAGCAAAAAAAAUUCAUAAACAAAAAAGUAUUUCACUAGUACAAUUUCACAAAUGUUCUCUCAUUUACUCCUUUUCAUAUCUAUGAUUCAUUUCUUAUUAGUUGAAAUUCCAAUUUCACACAUCAGCACUUCUUACUAGUAAAAAUGAUCAUUUUUUUAUUUCAAAAUGAGCAUUUUCACUAAUUGUAAUUGAAUUGUUGGUAUCAGGAAUGGACAUUUGCACUAGUAACAAUGUAAUUGAUAGAUAAAUAUAUAUAUAUAUAUAAUUUUUACUAGUAAGAAGUGCUGAUAUGCGUCAUUGGAAUUUCAUGCAAUUUUUACUAAUUUUGAAAUUCCAUUUCUAAUUUCAAGAAUUAACAAUUAACAAAUGAACAUUUUCACUAAUAGUAAUUCCAUUGCUGAUAUCAAGAAUUAGCAUUUUACUAGUAAAAAUUAAAGUGUUGAUAUCUAUAAUUCAUAUCCCGCAUGUGAUUGAAAAGGGCUUGUGAUCGUGUGGAAGCGGUUCAGAUAAUCGGACGGCGCUUCUAUCAAGAGGGAUUGAGCUCUUGAUUCACGAUUCAGUGGAACGAUUCAUUCUCUCACGACUCACUUUUGUGGCUGGUUCUGUUCUGCUCUCUGAUUGGUGUAAAAAGCAUUAGCGCGGUUGUGCUGGUGUCUCUCAUUCUGAAACACUCUUGUAAAGCUGUGUGUUUUCUCUCUCAUUUGCUAAAGCAAAACUCUCCAUUUGUGCUCUCUUGACGUGUUGUUUAGCAUUUUAACUGUAUAAACUUUAUUACAAAACUCUUUCGCUCAUGAUAUUCAUUGUUUCUCUUAUUGUGCGUGUGUUUGCACAGGUGAAUGCGUCGUUUCGUCACUCUGCACAGGUAUUGUGCAUAUUAACAUUAAACCGUUCUCAGAUUACAGGCAGUUUUCUCUGGGUGUGUCGACAGGUGCAUUCACAAAACACUCGAUCCUGAGAGCAGCCGAGUGUGUGAGUAUUACUGAAGAAGUCACACGGAUGAACAUGUUCACAUCUACAUCAGAACUCGCACUGUGAGAGACUCGACACGGUUCUGAUGGACCUGUUUGUGUGGAAAGUACCAGUGUCAUUAAAUCCCUCAUUGUGAUGGUAAUAAACAGUGUUGCGGGUGUGUAUGUAGGAUGAAGGGGGGUUUUGUGUACGUGUAAAUGUGCUGGUGUUUCUGGGUGGAUUCCAGCAUCUGUGGAGUGGGCAGUGCGAUGAACUGUGAGCGGUGUAAAUAAAGACACAAGAGGGCCGACAUUGUGCUCUAAUGCACCACCUUCAAAAACACAGCUGGGACUUUCCUUCCAUUUUUAUCCGCGUGGAAUUGCAGAGUUUUUCAGUUUUUCAGUUUUUCAUUCACAGAUCUAUUGAUAGUGACAUCACACAAUCUGAUUCAACGCUUCUCAUUUGAAUCUGCAAUGGAGCUGUUGCUGUUUCCCCCCCAACAAAUGCACAGUUUUCAGUUUCAUUUCUCAGAACUGCAGAAUUUACGCAACACCUGAUUAAGCUAAUUUGUUUUCCCAGCAGUAAUUGAGGCGUUGCGUAAUGUUUUUGUUUGUUUGGGAGGAGCCAGUUCAGUUGGGACAGUCACUAUUGUUGUAGAUGAACUGUACACUGAAUCAGAUCCUCUGUAGAGACAAUUAUCUUCAAUUAAAAGUUAUAAUUAUCCAUUAAAGUUAUUGUAAUGGUUAAAUGAAAUGAGGAAGUGGGAAACGGCGAUCCAAACUCAGGUGUGUCACUUUUAUUUGAUAAAUUAAACACGUCCGCCUCAAGCGUGACGGUAAAGCUUUCAAAACAGCCGACAGCGGCCAACACACACACGCACACACACACACACAGCUGGGUUCUCUCUCUCUCUCUCUUUGGGGUUUUGGGCGGCCUUUUAUCUCCCCGCCUCUCACUGUGAACAUAAAAAUCACAAUAAGCAGCAGUUCACCUCAGAUGAAAACCUUACAGCUUCCUCUCUCCCCAGAUGAACGCUCGGCCAUGCCCUUGCCUCCACAUAUCCCCCGACUCAGAUCAGGGACACAGCCCGGCCUGCCCACUACCCCCUUUUUCUAGAAAGUCCACAACAGCCAUCUGUGCCCCCGGCCUGUGGACCACCUUGAACUUAAACGGCUGGAGUGCCAGAUACCAACGAGUGAUCCGGGCGUUGGCAUCCUUCAUGCGGUGGAGCCACUGGAGCGGGGUGUGGUCCAAACAGAGGGUGAAUGCUCGUCACAGCAAAUAGUAGCGGAGGGUGAGGACUGUCUACUCGAUGGCCAAACACUCCUUCUCUAUGGUGCUGUACUUAGUCUCAUAGAGAGAGUCCAACUAAUGUACAGCACCGGGCACUCCUCCCCCUCCACCAUCUGGGACAGAACAGCACCCAACCCCCUGUACAAUGCGUCCGUCUGUAAAACAAAAGGGAGAGAGUAGUCGGGGGAAUGCAGCUUUUACCUGCUUGAAAGCCCAUUGGCACGGCUCCGUCCACUGGACCAGGUCUGGAGCUCCCUUUUUAGUGAAAUCAGUCAGCGGGCUGGUGACAUCCAAAUAAUUAGGCACAAACCUUCAAUAAUAGCCAGCCAACCCCAGGAACUGUCUCACCUCCUUUUUGGUCUUGGGUCUUGGGCAUGUCACAGUUGCUGCGGUUUUAUCAAUUUGGGGGUGCACUUGCCCAUGACCCAAGUGGAACCCCAGAUACCGUACCUCUACCUGCCCAAUUGCACACUUCUUCAUGUUUGCUGUGAGCCCCACUCGCUGCAGCGACCUCAGAACUGCCCUCAGAUGCUGCAUGUGCCGAUGCCAGUCAUUACUGUAAAUAAUGAUAUCAUCCAAAUAAACAGUGUCCGGUCUGAGGACGCUGAAAUGCAGCCGGGGCCCCAAACAAACCGAACAGAAGGGUCACAAAUUGGUGUUAUCCAAACAGUGUGGAGAAGGCUGUUUUCACACGGGACAUCAGCGUUAAGGGGAUCUGCCAAUAUUCCUUUGUUAAAUCCAGUGUCAAAUAAAAGCGAGCUGUGCCUAACCGAUCGAGCAGUUCGUCAAUACGAGGCAUUGGAUACGCGUCAAAUUUCAACACCGCGUUGACUUUCCUAUAAUACACACAGAACCGGACAGAAUCGCUCUUAGGUACCAGAACCACCGGGCUGGCCCAAUUGCUGUGGGAUUCUUCUAUUACGCCCAUAUCGAGCAUGGCCUUUAAUUCUUCCCAUACUACUUGUUUUUUGUUUGGGUAUCCGGUAGGGCUGACUACAUACCACUACACCUUGGGUUGUCUCGAUGUGGUGUUUUAUGAGAUUAGUGUGGCCGGGGAGAGGCGAGAACACGUCAGAGAAAUUAUUUUGCAAUCUGGCAACCUCUGUAUGUUGUGACAGCGAGAGGUUGUCUCCACAAUGGAUCGGGGUGAACUGAUUGGCUUUUAGACUCACCUCUGGGCCCCCACCUCCAACACAGGGCACUGCUCUCGAGGGCACUCUCAGGUGAAAACCCUUACCGCUUCUCUCUCAGAUGAACGCACCUCCACAGUUAUCAAAUAAUUAAAGGUACUUAAUGAGAGUAUAAUGUAAUGUAAAGUCAUUUCUGUUCCAAAAUAAUGAUGCUCCCCUUGUCUAUCAUUGGUCAUACACAGUUUUGUAGUCCUGCACCAAACUCACGCUAUGGGCUAGAAGUUCACAUGUUGGGCCUGUCUAACAAACGGAACAAUGUCUUACAAGAAAUAGGAGGGAUACAAGUAUUUAGGGUCAAUUAAUUAUAUCAAUUAAAUUAUUCAAAAAUACUUUAAAAAUGUAAUUCACACAAAACAAUUACUUCAAUACACAUCUAGUAUGAUGAACGUGUUUUCAAUUACUGAGUCAUUUUGAUAUUUUUAUCUGGGGCUGAAAGUCAAAAAUGUCAUGUG